AUGGACGACACGCCCCCCUUGAGGGGUUCAAACAAGAACACCUCUGGAGACUAUUUCUAUCCCGACGAUAUUGGCAGAUACCGCGAGGGCUUACCUCGCCUCGCAGCCCAGCAGGUAUACUACGAGAACUUUGCAAUAUACCGCAGGUUUGGUUACCUCUCGCAACGGUGCUUGAACGAGGAUCAAAUCAGGUUGAAUGCUCUCGAAGAGCAUCUUUUCAAGCUGGAAGAUGGGCUAGCAGACAACGGGGUGCCAGCCUGUGAUACUCAAGUCGGGCCGUCAAGUGGUAGAGAACACAACUGGUUCCCAUUGACUGUGUCUGGCACUAUCCAGGAGAUUGGUUCCUUGCUUCCCAAAUACCACCAGAUGUUACUCAACGAUCAGGCGCUCAAGUCCCUGCACGAGGUUCGGUACGACGAAUACUGCAAUAUAGCUAGAAAAAUUAAAGCAGACGGAUACUUAAGCAAGGACGAAAUGGCCUACCUUAGACACCAUUCUGACUUUGUCAAUACGGGGACCGAUCCGUUAUGGCUGACUUUCGAAUCAUGGCUUUACAAGCUCCCGAACUUUCUUCUGGUGCCCUUACUCGAGGAUAGAGGAACGACAAAGGAGGGAAACGCCUUCUUCUUGUCGACCCCCCUCGUGCGCUUUCUGUUCAGGACGUUGUUCAUAUGGUUCUACGCAUUCAUAUUACUGAUCCCGGUGAUCUUAUUCUCUCUUGUCCAAGACAUCAGCAGAGCAGCUACCGUCGGCCUACUUGCCCUGUUCACGAUCCUAUUUACAGCCUCUAUGGCUCUUCAUAGUAGCAAGGCUGACAACAUGCUUCUUGGAGUAUGCGCCUAUGCGGCUGUGCUUGUUGCGUUUCUGGCCAACGUCUAG